UCCGCUUCCUCAAUAGAAGGAGGGGUGGGGGAAGAGGCGUCCUCGUCUCCGAGUCGGGGGGUCUCCGGCAGGAAUCCGGAACGCCAGAAAAAGCAUCUUUGGCUAUCGACCGUAGGUUUUUCCCUUCAGGGAUCGUCUUGUCUCAGUUUGGAGAGAUUCCGGCUCGUCCAUUGCCGCACAAAUUCCAUGGCCGACAGAGAGGUGCCCCGGACGGGAUUCAGCCUGCAGUUGCAAGCUGCUUUGGAGAAGUGGAUGCAGCCGGGGUUCAAGAGGCAGGAUCUGGGCCGAGCGGCUUCCAAAUCGGGCGAGGAGUUGGAAGGAGACCGGAAGAGCUGCAGAGGGCCCGAGGGAGCAGAGCAACUGGUCAAACAGGAACCGGACGUGGUCUCUCAGCAGUGGGAAGCCCAGUGGCAGGAAUUCCUGAAGAUGUCUGAAUCCCAGCAGCCCUGGGGUUUUGUGUCCCUGGUCCAGGAGGAGCCGCCCCCCUGGGAUGACGCCAAGGCCUUCCUGGCUUCCUUCGAGCAGGUAGCCGAGGCCUGCCAGUGGCCCAGGGAGGAGUGGGCAUCCCACCUGUUGCCUGCCCUCCGAGGAGAAGCCGAGCGCGCCUAUUGCAGCCUUGGAAGCGCCGAGCGAGAGGAUUAUGGGAAAGUGAAGGCGGCCAUUUUGCACAGGGACGCCCUCGGCCGCGAGAAGCUGCGCCAGCACUUCCGCCGCUUCUGCUACCAGGAGGCCGAGGGCCCACGGGGGGCGUACAGCCGUCUGCAGGAGCUUUGCCAUCAAUGGCUGAAGGUGGAGCACCACUCCAAGGAGCAGAUCCUGGAACUGUUGAUCCUGGAGCAAUUUUUGGCCAUCCUGCCGCCCGAGAUCCAGAACUGGGUCCGUGGAAACAGCCCCGAGACUUGCAUCCAGGCGGUGUCUCUGGCUGAGGACUUUCUGCAAAUGCAAGCGGAAGGUCACCAGCAUCAAGAACAGGAGGUGCUCAAGGAAGUGAGGGAUGCUGCAGAGGAUUGUGGGAAGGGACCACUGUUCAGGGAGGCUAAUCAUGAGGGGAACUCUGGAGAUGCCGGUGAAGGCAGUAGAGGCAUUGACAAAAUUGAGAAAUACACGCUGGAGAAUUCUGAGCCCGAAACAUCACACGAGAUGCUCAGCGGGAGAAUGGAAGCGCAGGCAGCUCAGUUCGGUGAACAGGAAAACCUUUCCCAAAGCCAAGAUAGACUCAUCUGGCCGCAGAAAUUCCUUCCCAAGGAGAUGGGCAAUAGCGCCGUUCCUUGCCGAGGAAGUUACAGGGAGCUUGGCCAGUCCAAGACGCCCAUGGUUAAGAAGUACGCGGCCUCCAGCGUCAUCGCCAGGAGUUUCUACCAUAAAUCAAACUUCACUAAGCAAAAAAAAAUCCACCCGGGGGAAAAAACCUACAGCUGUUUGAAUUGCGGGCGGCGAUUCAGUCGCAGGUCGAAUCUUAAACGCCACGAGGGGAUCCACACGGGGGAGAGACCCCAUGAGUGCUUGGAGUGUGGGAAGAAAUUCACUCGGAAGUCUUACCUCCUUAAACACAGCACUGUUCACAUGUACGGAGGAUCGACUUAGCGGUUAGGGAGAAAAGUGGUGGCGGAUAGAAAAAUCGAUAACUGUGUGGCGAAAACGAGUCAGAAAGGGGGAUUUGAUUCUCCUUCAGAUCUUGAUUGUUCUCAGGGAGCAUCUAUUGCCGGCUACGUUGGGAAUCCUGGGAAAUACUAAGGUCUUGGGAAAAUGUUAAUUUGGGAUACACAAUAUGGAGGAUCCCUCCAGAGUGUCAUAAAAAAAAUUUUUUUUGGGGGGGGAGGGAACUCAUCGUUCACAAGAGGGAGGGAUUACACAAAUCUUGAUUAGAUGCCAGUCUGUUUCCACCUCAUUCCUUCUUGAGUUACAGGAUGCCGUAACUCGGUUCCAAGACCAUUAUUAUUUGGGAUUUUGCUAUUUGUUUUUGGGGGGCUAUUUCGCCUGUUAAAACAGAAGACGUAUAUGCCAAAGCUUAAAUCUGAACGUCUUUGGAAGGCUGAAAAGUUUCUAUAGAACAGCACAGAAGAUCUUAAAUAUAACUGUAAUAAACUUUGAAUUCCAUCAGCAGAUCAGUCCACGAGGAACAGCUGCCAGGCAGAGAAGCUGUUCCUCGGAGAAUUAGAAAUGCUCCAGCAUCAAAUCUGAGUGUUCCAAAUCCACUCGUAAUAAUCUGAGCAGAUUGGUUACUUCCAACAUGAUAAGAGGGCAGUGGUGUCAAACUGGUGGCCUCCAUGGGCUGGAUGCAUUACGUGGCGCCCAUGCCCGCUCUGGCUCCGCAAAGGCAAAAAAAAUGUCACAAUACGUCACGGGAUGUCAUCAAGUUUGACACCUAUGAUAUACGGAAUGAAAUUCCCCUCCCCCAUCCCCCCAAUAGCCAUUUUACCUGUAUAGUUUUUCCUUGGUGGUUUGAUCUAUUUCAAUGGUUCUGAACCUUGGCAAAUUUAAGAUGUGCGGGUGGCAGACAUCUUAAAGUGGCCGACAUCCAGAAAUGCCGGUUUAUUCGAUUCAAUUGAUACGAUCGCCUUCCUUUCCCCAAGUGAAUGGCUCAUAGUGUUAAAAACACAAUAAUAUCCACCCCCACCCCAAAUCCAGGUCAGGAAAUCAUGACCGAAGAAAACGCAUCGAAACUUCUGUGGCGCCAGGAGCAAACUUCACCAGAAGUAUAUUAAUGCAUCCGAAGAGCUCCAGGGCUGUUUUGUUCAAUUUGUGAGGGAAAAACCAGGUUUUUGGGGGGUAUCCUAAAGGCUGUGGCAGAGCUGGGAAUCACGUGGUUGUCAAAAUCAAGAUGUGGAUUUGGGAAAAUGCUCCUUCGCAGAAGAGCCUCUUUGAAGAAGAAAAUCCAGUUAGAACUUUUUGAGGAAUGGUGGUUCUUCACCCCUGUCUGGUUUGGGGGAGCUCCUUAUUUGAGACGCUUGCAAGGACGCCCAACUGGGUCUCCAUGGAUCAAUGUCCAGCUCGAAUUCCCAAUCCAGCCCCUCUCCCCACUUUCUACUAUUCCUGCCGGCCCUUUUAAAGCAGCGUUUUUCACCUUUGCCUCAUUUUAAAAUGAGUGGACUUCGACUCCCAGAAUUCCUCUGCCAGCGUGGUUGACUGGGGGAAUCCUGGGAACGGAAGUCCACGCGCAUCUUUAAAGUCGCCAGACUUGAGAAACACUGCUUCAGA